GAGCUAAUCUAGUUACAUAAGAAGCCAUUGAAUUUGCAGAACGUCUCUGUACUAAUCCGCUGAACUGUUCAUGCUCAACUGUCCCGGCGGCGGCAUAACAUACAGGACAGGCGCGCACACACACUUGUGGCUCUAAAGACUCAGAAGCGCCAUUUGCUUUGGGAGUGUAUGAAAUAAGAUAAACGCAUACACUGAUAUACAUUUAAACGGAUCACCGCAGAAGCUGCUAUGCCUCAUUUUGCAACUGGCGGCGUGUGCUGCUCGAGCCCGUGACGAUUCCUCUGACGCGCCAAUAGCCGCACCACCCCAGAGACUGAGGAGAGCUGUGAGCGACUGACUGGACGCCAGUCUCUCUUUCUCUUUCGUUUCCCAUUCCUUAACGACGUGUACAAGUCCCGUGGACGAAAUUAACGAGCGUCAGCAUUUAACGAGUAGCAUCAUCCAGGCUCUUCUGUAGAGAUGGAGGUACCAGGUUUGGCGCACAACAUCAACAGUCCAUUAAGUCCCUGCGAGGGGAUGAUCAAGGACCUAAGCUUGGACGCCAUACAGUUAUGCGAACGAGAUGGAAGUAAAUCCCAGGACGGCAGCAUCUCUGAGAUGGAGGAGCUCCCUGUUCCUCAGAACAUCAAGAUUAGCAACAUCACCUGCGACUCUUUCAAGAUCUGCUGGGACAUGGAGGCACGCAGCAAGGAGCGCAUCACGCACUAUUUCAUCGACCUGAACAAGAAGGAGAAUAAAAACUCAAACAAGUUCAAACACAAGGAUGUUCCUACCAAACUUGUGGCCAAAGCAGUACCCCUGCCCAUGACGGUCCGGGGUCACUGGUUCCUGAGUCCACGCACAGAGUACACAGUGGCUGUCCAGACUGCAUCAAAACAGGCUGAUGGGGACUAUGCCGUGUCUGAGUGGAGCGAAAUCAUUGAAUUCUGCACUGCUGAUUAUUCCACAGUGCAUCUAAACCAGCUGCUAGAAAAGGCAGAGGUCAUUGCUGGACGGAUGCUCCCUUUCUCGGUCUUCUACAGAAACCAGAAUAAAGAGUACUUUGAUCAUGCCAGGGAAGUGCAAGGGAACCGGAUGCUGCCCUCAGUCAAAGACAAUAGUGGCAGCCAUGGCUCACCGAUCAGCGGUAAGCUGGAGGGCAUCUUUUUCAGCUGCAACACAGAGUUCAACACCGGCAAGCCUCCGCAGGACUCCCCAUAUGGUCGCCAUCGCUUUGAAGUGCAGGCUGACACUCUCUUCAACCCUGACACCAACCUGUACUUUGGAGACUUCUACUGCAUGUAUACAGCCUACCACUAUGUUAUUCUGGUCCUGGCACCAAAAGGCUCCAGUGGUGAUGACUUUUGUAAGCAGAGGCUUCCUUUGCUCGACAUCACCAACAACCGUUUCCUUACCUGCAAGCAGGAUGAAGAGGGUGAUGGUGGUCUGGUGUUUCACCAUGCACAAGAUGUCAUCUUGGAGGUGAUCUACACGGAGCCUGUAGACCUGUCCUUGGGCACGGUGGCAGAGAUCAGUGGGCACCAGCUGAUGAGUCUCUCCACAGUAAAUGCCAAGAAGGACCCAAGCUGCAAGACCUGCAACAUCAGCGUGGGACGCUAGGGACACAGCAGAAUGUUUAAAAGAAAGAGGGUAGGAGGGGAGAAGUAACUGACCUCUACUCACACGAAGGAAGUCCACAUGUACUGAUGAAGCAGAUCAACACAUGCAUGAAGCAGAUUUAGUAGGCUAACACCAACAUAUCUCUGACACUGCUCUGUACUCUCAAAAGACCAUCAUUCCCAAAGAAGAGUGGAGAAAAAGAUGAAGGUACACCACUCUGACACCUACACCAUUGUCUCCUCAUCUGAAGAUGGGUUACCAUAAUGCUGAAAGUCAAAAUGCAUAAAGAUAUUAUACAUAAGAGUCAGCAGACUGAAAUAUGUAAACCUGGGACACCAACAACACAGAUUCAUCUAUCCAUCCGGCAAGUCAUACUAACCAAACCCUUUAACUGUAGUAACAAACAUGGGCUGCUUCAUUUCAACUCUCUAUAGUUUAUUUGAUCAGUUGUCCCAAUAUUUUAUUGGUCUUUGCCUUGUUCUUGAUACUGUUAACUGUCCACAGUCUGUGGGCAAGAACUUUUUUUUUUUUUUUUUUCCUUUUUUUUAAAAAAACAGUGUUUGUCAUUCAACAGUUGACAAAUUGUUUUUACCUCCUACUAGUGGCACGGACUGGUACUACAAUUUUCUAGGGCUGCAGCAUUGAUGGUCAUCUUAAUUUAUACCAAAGGUAUUAAAAACCAGACAUAAACCGCUGUGGAAUCUUAACCGUACUAAUGCAUCAGCCUCUAAAAUGUGUAUUCACCAAGUCUUUGAACAAGUGUGAACUAUUUGUUAACAUUAAAAAAAAAAAAAAAGCAUGAUGCAGUUCUGUGCAGCAUGAGUUUGAAAGCUGUCAGUACCUCUGUCAUAGCAACAUUUUCUGCAACAGUCAUUCUUAUUUUAUUGUAGUUAGUGCAAAGAAAGUAGAACCUUAAACUGUGUUUAUUAGAAUAAAUGUGAAAAAAUAUUUAUUUUUAUUGAUACAUUCAUAUAUUAUAUAUAGAUAUAUAGAAAACUAUAUAAACCAGAAGUGCACAAUGUUAAAAGCUCUGAUCAUUGUCAACAAUGGCAUUUAGGGGGGAUUAACUUCAUAGUGACAAAACGGGGAUAAACACAAAUUUGACAGCAGAUAUAACUUGCACUAUGAUGCCUAUGUUCACCAAAAUUCACACUUUCCAAGGUGAACAUGCAAAUUCAAUGGUCACAAUUGAGAUGAACUAUGUAGUUCUUAAUGCAUAUCAUAGCACAAUGUAGGACUUAAAAAAACUGACAUGCACAAACACUGCAGGAUUGUCUCACUGACUGCAUUUAAGCUUACAUAUUUCUGCCAGCAUAGCACUUUUAAAUGCAUUUUCCACAUUAACUCUGGACGCAGUUGUCCAAUAGUGUUUUGGCAAGGGAAAAAGUGAAUAACAAAGUGCCAUAUAAUACAUAAAGUAAUCUUAAAAUUACUCCAGUGUAACUAACAUCAAGUUAUUACAGCGCUUCAUUCUUGACAUAGAUUUGUGCUACAUAACAUAAGCUUGCUACAUCAGGUUUAUAAGAUGGAGUCAAGGAUAAUAAGGGAUGUCUUUUUGCAACUGCAUUUACCCAGCAUUUCAGACUGUCACCAAUUUCCAUCCGUUUUCUUCAUGUAAAGUGCAUCUACAUAAUGAGCAUGGCAUGAAACAAGACCAGAACCACCGGCUUCACAGCUGACUUUUUUUUUUUUUUUAAAUGAGGGAGUCCUGUUAAGUUAGAGGAAUAAGUCCCACUGUGAGUAACUCAACUUGUCUUGGUUGAGUCCUGUUGUUUACUAAGCAGGGCCUCCAGUAGACGGAGCUUCGCUUUAAGGUUCUUAUACUGGCAGUACUCCUCCGCCAUUGGUCCACGGUCCUCCUUCUGACAUGCCCUGUUAAUGAUACACGGAGGAUGGAAGAUGCAAAUAAAAAGCAAACUUUAGUUUGUAGUUUCCAAACAACUUGCAGCAGCUUCCAUAACUGGUUGAUGGUCCCUAUGUUGCCUUACUCAGAUAGCUUUGUACAGUGUGUAUUGUAAUUUAAAAAUAAAAAAAAUAAAUAAAAAUACAUUUACUUUGGAGGACUAACAUGUACAGUACAGUACUGUGUACAGUUCAGAGCAAACAUCUGUCUUUCCUGAGCUCUCUGUGCUGGAUUAAUGUUACAUGAGUGUGCAUUACACUGUUGUACCAUAACAAUGGAAUUUCUUUUGUGGAUGUUUUUCUUUUUUCACAAGGCAUUGUUGAAAACCAAAUGUUCCAAGUUUAUUAAAAGACAAAAUAAAAUUCAAAAGCAAAGUAC